UCUCUCUCUCUCUUUCUCUCCUAUCUCUUUCUGUGUUUUUUUUUCUGUCUCCCAAACGUUUUAAGUCAUAGACUUCAACGUUUCAAAAAUUCAUGGAAAUAGAAAAGAAAAAGAAAAGAUGAUGAUGAUGUGAUAUUCCUCGCCAAACUUUGACACGCACUUUCCUAUUCCCUCCUUCCCUUCUCUCCCACGCGCCACCGUCACCGUUUCACGCGCCACCGCCACAACCACAAUAUCCUCUCUUAUCUCUCUUUCCUUCCAACUUUUGUUCUCUGCCUUUCCUUUUUGCUCACUUUCUCUCUUUCUUUUCCUGAAUUCCAAACAAAACUCUUUCUCUCUCUCUCAAGAAGUUGGAUCUAAAGGUAAAGGUGGAGCUUUAAUCUUUAUGAAUUCGGAGCCUCUGAUGAGAAGAAGAAUAUGGGCGGAGUGACGUCGUCAAUCGCCGCCAAAUUCGCUUUCUUUCCUCCGAAUCCGCCGUCGUACACGCUUGUCGCCGACGACUCCCGCGGCGGUCGGUUCCACAUUCCGGAGAUUCCGAGGAGAGACGACGUCGACGUCCUCAAGCUCAGGACUCGCCGCGGCAACGAAAUCGUGGCCGUCCACGUCAAGCAUCCUAGGGCUUCCGCCACUCUUCUCUAUUCCCAUGGAAAUGCCGCCGACUUGGGCCAGAUGUUCGAGCUCUUCGUCGAAUUGAGCGCUCGGCUUCGCGUUAAUCUCAUGGGGUAUGAUUACUCUGGCUACGGACAGUCAACUGGAAAGCCGACAGAAUACAAUACAUAUGCAGACAUUGAUGCAGCAUAUAAAUGUCUCAAGGAGCAGUAUGGAGUUAAAGAUGAACAAUUGAUAUUGUAUGGCCAGUCUGUUGGUAGUGGUCCAACAGUUGAUCUUGCGUCACGAUUGCCAACCUUGAGAGGUGUGGUUUUACAUAGCCCAAUUUUGUCUGGGCUGCGGGUGUUGUACCCUGUCAAGCGAACAUACUGGUUUGAUAUUUACAAGAAUAUCGACAAAAUGAGUUCAGUGAAUUGCCCUGUUCUGGUUAUACAUGGAACAGCAGAUGAAGUUGUGGAUUGUUCCCAUGGGAAGCAACUUUGGGAGCUUUGCAAGGAAAAGUACGAACCCUUGUGGCUUAGUGGAGGUGGACACUCUAAUCUUGAGAUCUACCCAGAAUUCAUUAAACAACUAAAGAAGUUUGUACAUUCCCUUGGCAAAUCAAGAUCGAGUGCUAAUGGUCCGAAGAAAAUUGGAGUAGAAACUGAUGGUCAGACCAAACCAGCUGAAGCUGGAACUUCUGACACAUUUGAGUUGGGUGCUGAUCUUCCAGAAAUUUCUAGAAACAGUUUAGAUAGUCGGCUCGAGAAGUCUAAAAAGCCAAACAAGCCUGAAAAAUCUAGGAUGAGCACUGACCGCGUUGACAGGUUUAGAAGAAGAAAGGGUUUAGUUUGGUGAUCUGUUAAGAGACGAUUACAAUAAAAAUGAAGUGCUUGUUGGAAAAGGUUUAACUCCUCCUACCUCUUUAUUUAACGAUGUAUCAAUUCUAAAGCGAAUAGAUCAUCUUGUGACUUCUUUUGACAUAAUUGUUACUUUUCUUCUUUUUAUGUAUAUUCAGAAACCGAGUGAAAAUUCCACGUCUGUAUUUCUCGUGUAAUAUGAGCUUGAGUCGGAAACGAAA